CUCCAUCCCAGGACCCUGAGAUCAGGACCUGAGCCAAAGGCAGAGGCUUAAUCCAUGAGCCACCCAGGCGCCCCAUAGUGGUUUUUUUUUUUUUUUUUUUUUUAAGUAAGCUCCAUACCCAAUGUGGAGCCACUAUGGGGCUGCAACUCACGACUGUGAGAUCAAGACGUAAGCUGAGAUCAAGAGUCAGACACGUAACUGAUGGAGCCACCCAGGCCCCCCUAGAUUUUAUUUUCAAGUAAUCGCUGUACCCAGCAUGGGGAUCAAACUUACAGCCCUGAGAUCAGGAGUCACACGCUCUACGCCCUGAGCCAGCUGGGCAGCCUUGUGGAACUGCUCUUCAUGUUUACUUCCAGCCCUUAUUCUGCUUGGCUGUAGAAAAGUGAUUCUUUGCAACGUAAAGGUCAACUGAGUUCAGUGUUAAUUCAUACACGCCAGGGGUGUGCUUAGUUCAGGGCUCUUUGGUGUUCUCAGUUUGGUACUUACUGCCUUGUGACUUGAUGUCCUGAGCAGCUUCUGAGUGUCGGACUGGGAGGGUGUUUGUGACCGUGAGCUGACAUGCCUCGUGUCCCGGAGCGCCCUGGGGCAUCUGCACGUGUCCUCCAGGGCUCACACCGUGCCUCGCACACCAGCCCAUGCUUCUGGACUGGAAGUGUGCCUGGUGAGCUGGACGGUGAGGUUAUGAUUCAGCGGAACUGGUGGGCAACAGAGUAAGAUCCCUGGAUCUGAACUUAUGUUUUAGCCCCAAGCUGUCCCCUCUGUCAAAGGGACAAUAGCAUGGGUCCGGGGUCUUGGUGUGUCUCGGCAAAGUGCUCCUCCUGUCGCGACCUCAGUUUCUGCUUCUCCUGUGCUCCUCCUGUCGCGACCUCAGCCAGGAAUGGGACUAGGGCGUGCCAGGGGCUUUCCUCCCUCCUGUCUGCGAGUCGGUCUGUUUUCCCGAGACGUGAUGUCACACGGAGACGAUCAGCAACCCCAGGCUCUUGCGAAACCGACUUUCAGUGACGCACAAGCCUCUGCGUUAGUGGAAUCGUUAUUUGGGUUAAAAGUUUCCAAGAUCCGGCCACUUCCCAGCUAUGAUGACCAGAACUUUCACGUGUACAUUUCAAGUGCCAAAGAUGCCGCAGAUGAGCCGACAGAGUACGUCCUUAAGAUAAGCAACGCCGAGUCCAGCAGGAGCCCAGAGCUGAUUGAAGUGCAGAGUCACGUCAGCAUGUUCCUGAGAGCCGCUGGCUUCCCGACGGCCUCCGUGCAUCCCACUGCGGGAGGCCACCUCAGCUCUCUCGUGUCUGUAGAUGGCAGCUCUGGAGUCGCAGGCUACCUGCUGAGGCUGCUGUCCUACCUCCCAGGGACGCCUGUGGCCGAGGUUCCCAGCAGCCCCCAGCUGCUGUACGAGGUCGGGAGGCUCGCCGGCAAACUGGAUGAGACCCUGCAGAAAUUCCGUCACCCGAAGUUAAGUCAUCUUCGUCGGGAGAACUUCAUUUGGAAUCUGAAAAACGUCCCCCUUCUGGAGAAGUACCUGGACGCCUUGGGCCAGAGCCGAAAGCGGGAGAUUGUCGUACAGGUCAUCCAGCUGUUCAAGGACGAGAUCCUGCCCAAACUAUGUCACUUCCGAGAGUGUGUCAAUCAUGGAGAUCUUAAUGACCAUAAUAUUUUAGUGGAACCCAGCAAGUCAGCCUUUGGUGAUGCCGUGUACCACGUGUCUGGCAUUCUGGACUUCGGUGACAUGAGCUACGGCUACUACGUGUUCGAAGUGGCCGUCACCAUCAUGUACAUGAUGAUUGAGAGCGAGAGUCCGCUGCAUGUGGGAGGUCACGUCCUUGCAGGCUUUGAGAGCGUCAUCCCGCUGACACCCGUGGAGAGGAGCGCCUUGUUUCUGCUCGUGUGCGGGCGCUUUUGCCAGUCCCUGGUCAUCGCGGCGCACUCUUGCCAGCUACACCCAGAGAACAAGGACUAUCUCAUGAUCACUGCGAAAACCGGCUGGAAGCGCUUGCAAGAGAUGCUUGACAUGGGCCGGAAGGCUGUGGAGGAAAUCUGGUUUGAAACUGCCAGGUCCUAUGACUCGGGGGUCUCCAUGUGACUCAGGGAACCUUCACGUGAGCUCCGAUCGUGGAAAACCCAAGGGGACCAAAUCAAAUUCCAUGAAGGUUUUUCCUGUUCGGUGAGAAAUGAACUCGUGGAAGAGACCAGCCUGUGGAACCACGAAGGCCUUCAAGCGAUCUCAGGACUGCUAUUUACAUUGUAUGCAAGUGCCCGCGAGCAGGUGCGUCCCUCUGGGGUCCAGCUUGCCUCGUGGGUAGAACAUGCAGAGGGGUGGUUUUGACUCAGAUCAUCUCUCAAGAACUAUCCAGCCCUGAGCUCAGUGACUGUGCUGAACGUUAAAAGGAACACACGUGUAUAGAUAGAUUCACGUAUUUUAAAUAAUUGGGUGUAACACAGGGACCUGGUUAACAUAGACCCAGUUCCGUGAAGCCUCCUCCCGUCCCCCCGCUUUGCUGAAACCCCGCUGUGCUCUGUCUUCGUUGUGGCACGUCACUUGGUAUCAUGGAUUAUGGCUAUCACGUGGGAGCUCUUGGAGGGCAGAGACUACGUCAAAGUAUUUUUUUCUCUUGUCCCUUUUUUAAUACAGCGCUUUCCUCAUGGUUUCCAAAGAUAUUUGCAAAAUGAACAUAUGCUGUGAGAAAGGUGUGAGAAGGCACAGACUAAGAGGCAGCAGUGUUCAUAAGAAGGGUUCACAUGCUUGAGAGGGCAGCAGUUGAAACUGGGCCUGGAUGGUACUGGACCUGCCCAGAAGCCAAGGGAGACCUCCGGGCAAGGCUGCAGACUCCUGAGUGAGGGGCCCGAACAUCACUUCGUUUUCAGCUUGAGACUAAGAGGGUCUCUCAGCAGAUACUGCAAAACAGCCAUCGCUUCUCCAUCUGUGGAGUGGACUCAUGAGAUGAAAUUCAGGUGUGGUUGGUAGGGAUAUAUGAUGAAUAACAAAGACACUCCUCUUACUCUACCAUUCAGGGGAUUACGAGGGUUUUAGAGCAGAAGGAAACCCAAACCUAUAUUUAUUAUAUCACAGUAUUUUACAUGCAUUGUCUCAUUUAAUCUCCACAACAAACCCAUGAGGAAGUAGUGCUGUGAUUAAUCCCCAUUUUCUUACAGAAGAAUCUGCUUACAGAGCCAGGGUCCCAGUCGUCCCUUCUCUCACCCUCCGUGCAUGCACAUGUGGACACAUCUGUGUUAGAAUCGAACGAGAUCACUCACAUGAAAACACUUAUGCUUCUGAAAUUUAAGGCAUUGUAUAUAUUUUUAAUAAAGAUUUCAUCAUUAUUUUUUAAAAGUAACCUCUCCCCGCAACUUGAGGCUUGAGCCCUCAACACCAACAUCAAACCGACUGAGCCAGCCACGCGCCCCAAUUGUUUUUUUUUUUUUUUUUAUCUAGCUUGACCAUUCCAGAAAUUGGGGACCAGAAAAAGGAACGGAAUUGUGGAUUUCACUCCCGGACCACUGUUCAUUCUCUUGAACCACGAAACUCUACCGAUCUCCUUCUUAAUUGCUCCUGCAAACAUGGGUUCUCCUUCACCGAGUUCCUAAUGCAGAUGUUGCUGGCCAUGAUCUUGAUGUUUAAGUACGUACGGGCUUGCGUUGAUAGUGUACUACUUGGUGUCCGUCCUUGCUUAUCUCCAGUCAGUUCCCUGUAGUUUUAAACUCUGGUGGCAUAGGGCUGCCUGGCCAGCUCAGUCGGUGGAGCCUGUAACUCUUGAUCUCAGGGUCAUGAGUUUGAGCCCCACAUUGGAUGUAGAAAUUUUUUAAAAAAUAGAUAAACUUAAAGACAACAACAACAACCAUGUCUUUGAUGGCAUAAAUCGAAUAGUAUUCAUUUUCUGUUGUUAGCUCCAUGCCAGGCCCCUGGCACCCCCUUAAUAAACUGCUGGAAUAAAUGCAUUUCUACAAGA